GCGCCUCCACCAGCGGACGGGUGGGAUGUUCAGAUGGCUGGUGUUUCUCUCGCCUCUCCGGUGAUGCGGGUGUUUGUUGCAGGGUUUGAUACAGGGUUUGAUACAGGGUUAGUUGCCGGGUUUGCUGCAGGUCUCUCCCCGCCGCCCGGCCUCUCUCCACCGGGAUCACACUGACUGAUCGCGGAGCUUUAUUUCCCCGAACACCUCCAUCUCUGCUCCCUCAGAGUCCACUGGAGCUGCCUGCCUGGUUUUGCUGCACUACUAUGAAUUUUGAGCUCUUUUGAAGAAAAAAAAAACAACUUCCUGUUUCAACAACCACUCGACUAAAUGGGUUCCCGCAGCCAAGGCUUCUUCCACCACCACCACCACCACCAUCGGAGCUCCAUGGUGCCUGCUGCCGUGCCCAGAUUGCUGCAUGACAAUGGGAGCCUACUGGGAGGCAUUGCUCAAAUUACCCCAAACCUCUUCCUCAGCAGAGGGAACGUGGCGUCCAACCGGAGCCUGCUGCUGUCUAAAGGCAUCACCUGUGUGGUCAACGCCACCAUAGAGCUCCCCAACUUCAACUGGCCUCACAUGGAGUAUGUAAAGGUCCCGCUGGCGGAUAUGCCCCACUCUCCCAUCUCCUUGUAUUUCGACAGCAUAGCGGAUAAGAUCCACAGCGUGGGUCGCAAGCGAGGGGCGGUGCUGGUGCACUGUGCAGCGGGGGUGAGCCGCUCGGCCUCGCUGUGCCUCGCGUACCUCAUGAAGUACCACCGCGUGUCUCUGGCUGAGGCGCACGCCUGGGUCAAGGCCCGCCGUCCGGUCAUCAGGCCCAACGGCGGCUUCUGGCGCCAGCUCAUCGAGUACGAGAGGAAGCUGUUUGGCAGAAACUCUGUUAAGAUGGUUCAGACACCCUACGGGGUCAUACCUGAUGUUUACGAGAGAGACCGCAGGGCACUGGCCCCGUACUGGGGCCUGUGAGCGCCUCACCGGUCCAUCCGUGCUGAGGGAUCAACAAGGUAGCGCUUUUGUCCUUCCAGACCGCAGGAUCACGCCUGUUUUAGACAGGAUAAGUUAGAUGUGUGAUUGUACGUGUGUGUGUGUGAAGCUUACUAACUGAACAAUGGUGGAUUUGUUAGGACAGAGGGAGUUGAAACAAAACACCGACCAUCAAUGGUGCUGUUGCUGGUCCAAGCAGUCGUCCCUGUAGAGUCUUAAGUUGGAAGGAAAGGGGACAUCUGACACUUAAUCCGUUGGACCAGAGGACUGUAUAUCACCAUGGCGAUUGCGUUAAUAAAUGUCCGACUGUGGACAUCAGUGCUGUCUGGCUUUAGAUCCGCCUUUCCAGUCCCAGUGCAGGCGAACACCCCACCAAGGUGUUCAUUGUGGUGGAGACUGCAGGUCUGGCGGUGAUGUCCUGUUCCUGACGUGGUGUCAUGUGAUAUUAUUGUGUCAGUUUUGAAGUAAUAUUUAGUGUGAAGGGCAGGAGCAUGCUCUUAAUUCAUGGUAGCAUUAAAGAUAAGUAUAAAUAAAAGACAAUAUAUAGAAAGAUUAUUUUAUUGGAAUGCCCUAAUAGUGGGGGUGGGGGGUGGGGGGAAACAAUUGUGCACUUUAGGUGAGCAUUCAAAGAUGUUAUAUCUGCCUUUUUAAAGGUGGAAGUUGAUUUAAAAAAAUGUAAGCUUAGAAGUCUGGGUUUAGCGAAAGCUCCUGUGUAACACAGGGUUGACUGUUCUGUCAUGUGAUCACACUAUGUUACUGUAGUGCUACUUGAUGCUGUAUUAAAAAUACCUGCUGCUUCGGAGAAGUGGCAGCUCUGAAGAGUUAUUUCUUU